CAACUAGUCUUGUGUGUCAUUCUGUUUUUAUUUCCUGCAUGAAGAAAAGUAUUUUUUUACCUACACUGUGCAAUGUGCAUGCAAUCUCAACUAACUAAGCUAAUUCAAUAUAUUAACUUUAUUUUAAAUAUUUUGAAUUUACAUUUAGGUUUUAAUGGUAAGUUUAUGUGUUAUUAAUUAUAGACUUAUAUACAUAGACCAUUUCAGACUAUAUUUAUCAUCUUUUAUAUUGAUUGAUUGGCUGAUUGAUUGAUUGCUCAGGAGUUGAGAUUAUCCAUGUUGCUACCUCCAGUACACCAACUAGAGAAUACAUAAUGGACGAGGAUGAGGAUAGUAUGAAAAACUUCAAAGCAGCCCUGGAACGUUCUGUUUCGAUAAAGAAGUCUGAAUCUGCCAAGCAGACAGGGUUGGAUAGGUCUAUGUCAACUAGACAACCUUCUCGAGUACUUCCUAGUAUUCCAGUUGCUAGAUCCUUGUCGCUUGGUAGAAGUAAAGGGGAGCACACAUACAAUGAGGAAACUGACGGAAACAGGACCUUCUCCGAAGGAGAAGCUGAUACUAGCCGGGCAACAGACCCAGAUUCUGCCCUCAGUCCAAAGAAGGAGAAGAAGAAGAAGGGGCUGAGAACCCCCUCUUUCCUUAAGAAAAAGAAGAAGGAUAAGAAAGAGAAAACCCCUGCCUAAGCCCCUAGCUAAACUGUUUGUGAUACUGAUUUUUUGAUUUUGACUCGUGAUCCCUCUAGGGCCAGUACCUAUGAUAUGGAUCAACGACCAUGAAAGAUUGGCUUUAAUGUUAGGGAUAUUGACCCAAACAUUAUAAACAAUCUUUUCAUCGUUUGGUCUUAUUUAUUGGGUAGAAGUGACCCUUCAGGCAGAUUCGUCUCUUAUACAUCCCUCAGACAAAACACACUGCCGUCUUACAACAAAACCACAAAUAUUAAUUUCACUAGGACAGCUUAUGUCCCCUUGAAAACUGCUACUUUCCAUGAUAACUGAAAUGUUAUUGCGGGGGUUUUAGAAGAGACUUCGAGACGCGUUUUCCAAAUCUCGGGAUUUUUUAUCUAGAGUAUCCUUGUUUUAUCCCCAUUUAUAUUUGUUAGUUCUUGGCCUUGAACAACCUGUUAUAUUAUCUAGACCCGCCUUUUAGAGAAAUUAAAAUGAAAAAGGUUUUCUACAGUUUACACAUACAUUAUACACCCACACACAAAGGCUAAUAUGUGUAAAUCGCGGCAUAUAGCACGAUGUACUGGUCAGUGCAAAAAAACGCGCAAACCAUGUUAUUUUGGUGGAUUCGCGUGGAUUAGAUUUGAGAAAUAUCGCUUAUCAUGCUUAGAAUGUUUGCCUGGUUAGAUGACUACAAAGUAAAUGAGUGGAAAAAAGUUGUGAAAGCUGGUUUAUAUAUGAUACAUUAUACAUGUUUCGGGUUCUUCAAUCAAAUAUUUUGUCGGAGUUUAACACUAAGUGAUGAACUAAGAUUAAGAUAUUUGUUUUUCUUAAAAGUUUUAUCUUUAUUCUAUUCUUAACUUGACAUCGGAAACCUCCUUAUUCCUUACUUUUAGUUAAUUAACAACUACAGUCCAUACAAUAUGAAUAAAAUUAACAAUUGGCAGUUUUUUGCAGCUAUUAACACUAUAAUUGACCAAAGUAAAAGUUGAAUAUAUAUAAUUGUUGAAGCAUUGCCUGUUUGUAAACAGAUAUAUGACAGUACAGUCUCACUGUCUCGAAUGUAAACACACUGUACAGUAAAAUCCAGGGCUGGGUGCAUGUACCGUAAAAUUAUUAGCUUUAAACCAGCUAAGUUCCAAUUCCUGCCCCAGCCUCGGACCUGCAACUAUUCCAGUCAAUAAUUGAAUCUAGUUUGCGCUGCUGUUUUCCUCUUAUAAUUGAAAAUAUAUACAGUAAAGAGUAAAAAAUUUUA